CAAUCUCACAGCCUUCUCCGAGGCACUAUCCCCAAACCAUUCGCGUCGCAGCUUCUCCACGCUAGCCGAGCAACCGCGCGCGCCCCCCACCCAUCGAUCGAGCAACUAGCAGAGCAUGCAGCCGCCGUGCCUGGGCGCGUGCGGCGGCGGCGGCAGCCUCGCCCUCCCCGUACCCCGCUGCCGCGUCUUCUCCUCCAGCGCCGCGCCGCCUAGGGCUUCCGUCUCGUGCGCCGCCGGGGGCGGCAAGGCGUCGCCGCGAGGGAAGGAGAACGUCUGGAGCGUCGACAACGACCGCGCCGCCAAGGGGGCGGCCCGGGCUCCGAAACACCGCCGCAGAAGGCGCCCCGGAGGGCGCCGCCUGCCCCCGCCGCCGCCUCUGGGGAGGAGGAAGGGGAAGGAUUCGGGCUCGAGGGUUCUGGUCUCCGGCGCCAUGCUCGUGGAGGUCGAGACUGUGCUCCAAACCCAGGAACCUGUUAUAAAGCCUUCCUGGGAUACAUUUGCAAGUAGCUUAAGCGGCAAAUGGAAGGGUGUUGGAGCUGUCUUCUCGCCAAUCACAGCAGAGAUGGAGCCUGUUGGAGUUGGGAGCAAAGAGGAGUACCUUUAUGAUUGCUACACUCUUUCUCACAUUGAAAAAUCUUUUGAUAGUGUUCAUGGGUCCGAGAUUCGAAGGAAGACAAAUUGGGUUCAAAUCAAUCCUUUCGGGGAAGCUGAGAAACAUACUGCAGCAUAUGAUGGUGGGAGUCACGACACACCCAGUGGGAAGAGAACUGUUGAUUUGCCGGAAUAUGAAUCUUUUGAUCUUAAGAGGAGUGAUGUACUUGAUGAAGAAACCUUUGCUAUGGAGCCAGGAAUUGUAUUUUUUGAGGAUGGAUCAUACUCUAGAGGCCCAGUUGAUAUAGAAAUUGGUGAAUACGAUGAAUCGAAAUACUUCCUUUCACCAACAUAUAAGUUUGAGCAGUGUCUUGUUAAAGGUUGCCACAAGAGAUUGCGGAUUGUGCACACAAUUGAGUUUAGUGAAGGAGGAGCUAACAUACAAAUUGUUAGGGUUGCUGUUUAUGAAGAAAAAUGGGUCAGCCCGGCAAAUAUCCAUGUUGAAGACGAUACAACAUUUAACCUUAAACUUCUCUCUCAAAGAAACCGGACCAAACCAUCAGAACUGACAGGCUCCUGGAAAGUGUAUGAAGUUAGUGCAACACCAAUUUUCAGUGAUGAAAUGCAAGAACUAGAAGGUGGUGCUCCUUUUGUAUACUUAUGCAUGGAGACCGUGAAGAAGAGAACCCUGCCAGAAAGCUCAGUUUUCUUUGGGGAGGAGGAGAUGCUCGACAUGCAAGACGUCGCCGUGCUUUGGUUACCCGGUGGUGUCACUGCCUAUGUUGACAUCGCCAAAGAUGGUGUACUCUGCAUAGGGGUUGGGUGGUACUCAGAAGAAGGGAUCAAUCUGGUGAUGGAGAGAGAUUACGGAACUGAUGGGAGGCUCAGAGAGGUUAGAUCGAAAACUGAAGUAAAGCGCAGGUGGAACAACCAGUAACCCAAAGAAUCUCUUACUUGCCUAAGUUUUCUGUUUCAAUUAAUCUUGUUUAUGGAUAGGAGUGUAGAACCAAUAAUGUUUAUGAGGUAUGAGUUGCAACAAACCUGUGUGCCGGGUUUGAUGUGCAUCAUAGAUCAGUUGUACAUUUUUCUUGCCUCUGUAUAAUGUGCAUGCUUUGGUAUCAUCAUAUAGAAAAUAAACUAAAGAAAGAGCUCAUUCAAGGUCGUA